AUGCCGAUCAUCUCUCAUGACUUAAUGAAAGGUAAAGGCCUUGUCUUUGGCUUUGAGCAGCAGAGCUUAGCUUUCAAGAGAAAUAAUGUUGGCCCUGGAAUGUCAACCACCUCCGAGCCUCAUGGUCCUGUCCGACUCACAGGACUGUCUGUUUCCCCUCUGGACCAGGAAGGGUCGUCAUCAUCAUCUCCUCUUGAACCAACGGUAUUCCGAAUGGGUUAUUCCUCGGAAGGAUUUUCAUCCGGGGUUAAGAGUAGUGUCUCACGAGGUAGGAAACGGCCUCAAAAGUGGAGACGUCUGUCCAGCUCUAAAGCCAUUCCCUCAGUUGGCCACGUACUGUCUCUCUCGUGA